CACGUCAGAAAGCCAGCUUGCCUUUGACUUCCGUGUUCAAGAUGGCGACCGAGGUGACGAAAAAGUGGACUAUGCACCUAACUCAGUAACUUUUGCUCACUUUCUCCCCGUUAACAAGGUAUGGAAUAGUAUCCAAACGAUUAUCUAAAGAUGAGUGACUCAGAGGAAGAGCACAAAUGUGUCUCGGAAGACGAAACUGACGAGGAAGACGAAGAAGAAGACGUUUACGUGGUCGAUGCCGAAGAAGAGGUUGCAGAGAUCGCUGGCGAAACUGCCCUGAGUUGUCCCGUGUUACAUCAUGAUGUCCAGGUACAACAUGAUGAUGACACUGUGGACAGUGCUCUAGGUGCCAGCUCAACAACCAAAGAGUCAAAACAAGAAUCUUAUAAGACCACAACAGCCACAGAGAUGGACAUCCCCGCGGCCACGUGCUGGGUGUGUUUCGCUACGGUGGAGGAUGAACCGACCGCCAAGUGGCUGAGGCCGUGUCACUGCCGCGGGACAAGCAAGUGGGUCCACGAGGCGUGUCUCCAGCGCUGGAUCGACGAGAAACAGAAGGGGAACAGCACGACGAAAGUCAGGUGUCCGCAGUGCGAGGCUGAGUACAUCAUAGUAUUUCCCAGCUGCAGCCCAUUGGUCAAGAUCCUGGAGGGCGUGGACAGCUGGCUGUUAUCUAUCAGUCCGUACUGCGCCGGUAUCGGCUUCUGUAUCUCCGUGUACUGGUGCUCCUGGACGUUCGGAUUCCUGACCGUGGUACAGGUCAUGGGACUACAGGAGGGAACGCAGACCAUCGACAAGGCGGACCCUCUGGUGGCCAUGAUCAUGCUCCCCACCAUCCCGUACAUGCUCAUCCUCGCGCGUAUGAUCCCAUGGGACCAGUACCUCCUCCGGGUGUGGCGUCGCCAUGGCAACAAGCUGCCGUUCAUUAAGCACGCCCCCGCGGCGUACGCCCGGGAGCCUGCGGAGGGCGGCGACGGGGCGGACACGGUGAAGUCGGGACUAAGGCUGUUUCUGGGAGCGAUGGCCCUCCCCACCAUGGCGACCAUCUGCGGGAAACUUUUCUUCCGCAGCGUGAGGCCGAACUGGCAGAGGGCGAUACUCGGGGGAAUCUUCUACAUCGCGGUGAAAGGCGUGGUGAAGAUCUACUACAAGCAGGGGCAGUACGAGAGGCAGGCCAAUAGGGUGAUACUGGACUUCCACCCGCGGGAAGAGGAGGGGGAGGUUCCACUAGUACAGGGGGUGGAGGAUGAAGUCUGAUAUGGUGUAAUGAAAUGGAACACCCCCAAACCUCAGUUUAAAAUUUCACCUGUGUACUGUAGGUAGAUAUCCUUCUGAAGCAACAAGUUGACAAUUUUUUAAGAAUUUCCAACACAAAUUUGCGACUGUCCAACUCUAGUCUCUGUCGUGGAAUAAGUAAUCCACUGCUUCUGUGAUGUCAAGUUAUGCGGAAGGAACAGUGACUCAGUGAGCAGUGGAUCAUAAAAUGACAUCACGAAAAGGGGUGGAUUGGUCAUUCCUUGACAAAGACUCAAGUUAGACAGUCAAAAAUUUGGAUAAGUCCAAUUUUUUGUGUUGGAAGGUACAUUAUAUAUUGCUAGUUUACCUUUAUCCCGGGGUAACCUAUAUCCGUUGUAUUAAAAAACGGGAUAUUUUAGGGAUAUCAAGUCGACGGAUGUUUGUUUUAAAUUGCAAUAUUUGAAAAGUAUUGCUGUAUGAAACCACCAUGUGUUGACUUGAUAUCCCUAAAUAUCCCGAUUUUAGAUACAACGGGUAUAGGUUAUGCCACAAAUAAAGGUGAACUAGCGUUAUACAGUUAAACUUUGCUUCAGAAGUCACAUGAUAUCGACUGAGAUUCAAGAAACUCUUAUAUCCAGAUCAGCAUUUUUUCUGAGGAUGAUGCUUCAGACGUAAUAGUUUGCAAACUUUGAAGUCCUGUGUCAGAAGCAUAUUGAAUUUGUAAAGUAUUACAUCUUAUUAUGUUUACCUAGUUCACAUUCUUUGCUCAGAGCUCUAGUCAUGAUUAACACGAUUGAUUGAUUAGCAGAUGUCUUUGAAUACCAAAAUAAUUAAGUCAGCAUUACUCAUUUAAUAAUACUGUGAACUCCAAAUUUUAGAUUCUAACCCAUAAAAAUAAAAGCUGGGCAAGAUAUAUGAAUAGCAGUGUCACCUUUGUAUACUUGAAGCAAAGAAGAAUCGUCAAGAUUUAGUUUAGGGCCACUUUUUUUUCUUUGUUGCCUUUCCAUUGAGAAGAAAAAAAAUCUUGAAGUUCAUGCAUAUGGGACACGGUCUGUCUAUCUGCGUUGUCAGGGCUGUUUAUUAAUAUUAUGCAAUUUUUAGACAUGAAGUGAGGGUGCAAAUAUUGAAACUUAAAUUGUAAACUGUAUAUUAAAUAUUGCUGUCUUUAAAAGGAAUAAACGUUGGCUCCUGGCUGCUUCUUUGAUUUUGAAA